AGGACGACGAGAAGAUGUGAUUGACCAAAAGAGGAGAGUGAUACUUGAAGUACUUGAUUGGGUGUAAAUGUAUGAAAUAUGUAGUUCUUGAAUGUAGUUCUUGUAGCAAGGAGAAAGCAUAAAAAAGUUGUUCAAUGUUUCAACUAUGAGACGUAACUAUGGCUCGGAACUAAUACGAUUUCCUGCUCAAAAUUGAUCUUAUACCCCGCUCCCUAGGACUCCCAACUACUGCGAGUAACUGUAGUUUACUUGCGGACAUUGAAGCGGCCAGCAAUCGAAGCGAAAAUACAGUGUAAGUACGCGAAAAGACACUACUGCGACGUGGCUGCUCUACUUCUGUGGCUUCUACUGCAGAAAGAUGUCGGCUUUUAAGAAAACUACUGAUGAAGUCCCAGACGAGGACUACGUCGAUGAUUUUCAACUUUUCGACAUUUCUGAGGUCAUUGACAGGCCUCCAGACAAAGUUGCCCCACCUGGAAGUCUGCAUAAGAGGUACUUAGUGCUCAGUUUUAUAAAGGUACUUAGUGCUUAGACUUGUAUCUUUAUACUGUAAUUGCUGUUCUACAGAACCACAAAGAUGAUAUUAUUGCUCAUCUUCCCUAAAUACCACCAAAAUAAGGUUGAACGUCGGUGAUUUGUGGAGUGGCUGUGCGGAAUAUUUUGAUCAUAUGCCGGCAGGCACAGAGGAGCAUAGAUAUUUCCACCAGAAUGAGCCAAAUUUCGUCCAGUUCAACCGUCCUCUAUCGAACUUGGAAGCGGCUGCGUACUAUGCUAUGAAUUUUUGACUCUUCUACGCUUUGGAAUUGGUCAAUGGUUAGUUCUUCAUCUUCCCUCUACUAGAAAUAAGUACAGCUACUAGACUAAAUGUGAAUUUCACUUUUUUUCGUCUAACAUCUACUGGUUCGUUCUCAGUGUCCAUCUCCAACUCAUCAAAUUCUCUCCACAACUACAGUCGGCUGGAGAGUAUCAAAAGCGGCAGAAAGCCCCACCAAAUACCCCAAGAAUUCGACACGAAUAUUGAUUUUUGUCGCCUCACGAACUUUUUGAAUUCCAGUAUGAAGGGGAACCAUACUAGUAUGAAACAUCUACCCACCACGCUGAUGCAGCAAUGGACGAAGCAUCUUCAGUUGGCUGACGAUGUUCCUAGUAUUACUAUUUUUAAACUAGAUCUCUUACUUCUUUUUUGAUUGGGAUUGGAAUUGGAUUUAGUUUUUCAUCGGCCAGCGCCAGGCUGCUUGCGUAUCGGGUUGUCUUACCGAAUUCGAGUGCAAAGCAACCUUCUUUGGGUCUUAGCUAUAAGCCUAGCUACAUUAUUCAAUUUGUAGUACUAUAUGGGACACGGUGAGGAUGACAUUAUUCAAUUUGAAUUUUACAUAAAUCAAUGUCAUCAAAUCUGCUCCACCCUCACUACCACAGUCGACCCCAACGACAACGACCCGGUGCAAGUUCCGCCACCUCUCUAUCGCGACAUGCCCCGUUCGGUUUUCCAAGACCGCAAGGGCUUUGACUCGGCCAUGCCCAGUCUAGUGGAGGAAGACUACAUUUAAGAAUUCAUCUUGGAAAGCAUCUUUGGCCCGUUUUUUGACACGUAGGAAUAGCAAGUAGAAAAUCAAUUAUGAACAAACACACAAAUAUAAUCAGGAAGAACUAACAUUGAACAACUAUCCUCUAACGCAUGCUCCAAAGCCACUUGGAUCGAAGUAAGCCGCAGAACCGAAUUGAGUACCUGCGUCACAAACUCUACGCCUUAGAGGUGAUCCAGCUGAUCAACUUGGCGCCAGAGAGCGUUAGGGAGGCGCGGAACCUGAUUCCAUCUUUGAACAGGAUCCCAUAUGAGACGUUGUGGUACUUCUUACGCUAGUGGUCUUAUAAUCGAAAACUCAAAAUAAGCGAGUUACUGACUGAAAUGAAACAAGAGGCGUGACUACAUUCCUCUUCUUUCAUUAGCUCCCUUAUUUUGAGUAGUAGUUACUCGCUUAGUUCAGUUUUUCGAACGAUCAUAUAUUGUUUAGAUUUUUUCCACGAAUAUAGGCAACUAGAACAUAGCUACAAGGAAGGUGUACGACUUUGCUGACAUCGUCAUGAUGAACUUCGUUUUCGCAAUAAGCGAUUCAGUGUAAUCAAGAAUCGAGCAUCAUCUACCUCUCAAAAUCCAGGUUUUACAUUACCCGUCUCCGAGACUUGACAAUUCGUGCUCCGCAACUGGAGUCUGAACCUAGCAGCUUGCAGGAGCAGGCUCAGCUGAUGAACCACAGCUUUGUCUCUCAUCGGAUUAAGCGAAAGCGCGCAGGUCGUGACGUCGACCUCACAGGUAUGACCGAGAACGAGCGUAUGAUCGUGGGUCGCGAAGGUCGCAUGCGUGCUGCACUUGGAGCUGACGUGCAGAAGGACAGAGCAGCGUUCAACAGGCUUCUGCACAAUAGAAGAGAUAUGGGAGUAGCAGAUGGCGACCUGCUCAAUCCAGGAAUCACACCAGGAUUGGAUGGCCGUAAGAAGAGGAGGAAUGACGGAGGACUGACGCCAGGAGGCAUGACGCCGGGAGGGGCGACGCCGGGAGGACUGACGCCAGGAGGCAUGAUCAGCGUGGGAGGAGGCCUGACGCCAGGAGGAGGAAUUUUAUGAUGAAGAACAUGAUGAUUUAAUCUUCAUUGUCUUUUGUCUUCGAAGGUGAGACCUCUGGGGCUGACAGGACCACGACAGCGCCGGCGCUUAAUUAGUAGUAGACUAGUUCUUGCCUGACCUUUCUUUUUUCGGUUUUUGUUUUUUCUAGUUAGAUAUGCUCCACCAACAUUCACUGGCUUUUGUCUGGAAAUCUUGAUUAGCUUUUGUCUUUGAAAAAAGGCGAAGGUUUAGGUCCAGCGACGCUUAAAGCACUGAACAAAACAACCGGUUCGCUUUUCCUCUUUCUCGAAGUUAGGUCUAUCCCUUCAUGCAAAGUCUUCAAUAAUUAAAAGUUACUUCGUUCCUCCACAUCGUAGUCUUCCAUUUCAUGCUCACUUUAUCUGAUCUCUAAUCCCUGCGGGCGCAACACCCGGCGUCGAGGACGGUGGAGCUACACCAGGAGGCGCGACGCCAGGUUUUGACGAGACACCUGGAGGCAUGCUAAUGGGUGGGGAGACUCCAGGUCAGAUGGCAGGAGCCAUGGGCAACAGGACACCGGGAGAGGGUAUGACUCCAGCAGAUGGAGCCUUAUCCGCGGGUCAUCUCACUCCAUUCGGAAGAAUCGCAGAUGAGGAAGUUGAAAAGUACAUACUUGAAUAAUUCUACUUCUUGUGAUUACACUACUUUUUUAAGAAAGUACUUCUUCUUCUACUUGUGGUUAAUACACGACUUUAAGUACUUGUUACAGGUUGCAAUUAUUUCAGGUCUAGAUCAUCCAUUCUGAUUCUGAAAGAAAUCUAUGAAACUUUCCACAGGUUCUCAAAACCGCCAGCUGGGGUCCAUCUUGGCCCAUCCAAGGAAAACUUAUGGGAAGGUAUCUCCGAUAAGCAGUUGACGGAAAGAAUGGUAGACGGCGUCAUGAUGCCUGAGGAGGAGGCUGAAGCAAGGAUGUUAAGGCCACUUUUUAGACUGAAAAUCUAAUCUCUAGUACUAUGUCGUCCGUAUCGCAUCCAUCAUUCUCACAUGAUCAACAUGUUCUUGUUUGUUUGCUCUGUUUUUCCUAUCGUUUUAUGCUUGUUCCCCGUGUACGAACGAACCCGACCCACGUUUGAGCAAUCAAUCUCAACCUCGUAUUAACCAGCAACUUCUACAAACGGCACUACCUCAGCUCACAAGAAACUUCUAAUCUCCUACCAAAAUCCAGCGUUAUUGUCGAAUUUGCAUCAUCCUGGCGACGCUAUGGCGCAGCAGCGUGCGGACGUCGAGAAGCGAAAGCUGGAGAAGGAGAAGGCGGAGAUGGAGAAAAACAAACAGGUGGAUCGCGUUGCUAUGCUUCGUAGAAAAUGGGAAGAUCCCAACAGUGAAAUGCAGAUUGAGGAAAUGCGGGAACUCCAACGCAGUAUCGACGACAAGUACAAUUAUGCCUCAAAAGAACUGUCCGUUGUUGUAUCUAGGCUUCCUUCUCAUCAGCUACUGCUCGCCUAUUCUUAUCAGUUACUUGCUUAUUUCAGUUUUUUAUCGAAUAUCUAGAUUAGUUGUACUAAGGAACUACCUAACGUAUCUAGCAACACCAUCUCCACGUAGAUCAGUUGUGUGAAGGAACUACCUAAUCUAUCUAGCAACACCAUCGCCACACACACGGAGAUGGUGUUGCUAGAUAGAUUAGGUACGAGUAUUUUAGCGGGAUUUAUGCACGGGAUGGGUUAAGGGUAGCGCUAAUGCAAGGCACUGGCAGAGGGUCGUGGCAUGGAGCUCUUCCGGUAUUGGUUCCAGAAGGGGAAGUACAUUGGAUUUCGUGAGUGGUACGCAGAUAAACAGAACCUGAUUUGGGAACGCAAUCGCGUGAUCAAAGACGAACUUAUAAAGAUCAAGCUCGAACGACAAGAUCUCGGACCGAUUGAUGUCUUUUUAUGGAUUGGAUUUUGGACACACCUUGGAUGAAUUCAGUAGACCUCUGUAUAUGUAAGACAGCUCUUUGUGUUUGUGUCUGUUGGCCUCACGAGUAGACACUAAUAGCUGUGUUUGACGACUGUUAGUGCAUAUAUUUUGAUGUUUCUCCAUGCAAGGCAAAGGACAAGAAAUUGCUCCUAGUAAAUUGAGAAGUGGCAUCAAGUUGAUCUUCAGUUGUAAAAAAUAAUUAUGUACAUCUACAUGAUUUUCAAUGAUCAAUAAUUCGUCUCAACAUCUUCUAAUAGCACGUUUCCAAACCGAUGCGGAAAAAGCGGCAAACAAGAGAACGUUGGAUGCUGACGUGAUCCAGAAGAAGAUCGACGACAUGAGUGACUGGGAACAGCAGUGGUAUUGGCAGGAAGCGAAGCAAGUAAAGUUAAGGGUUGAUGCAAGUUGACCGAUUUCAGAGCAUAGUAUCUCUUCAUCUGACCUUUCUAAAAAGAGGGAAAUGAUAAAGGCUAGAAGAUGUGCGAGAGGCUAGAUUAUCGUCGCAGGAAAUGUUUCGUCUUGACGUUGAUUUAGUACAAUCACCUGAGACGUAAUGAUGAUGAUGCUAGAUCGGUCAAUCAUUGCAACCGCUAACAAAGAAAGGCGUCGGCAAAGACAAGACGAGUGCACCAGAUGAAAUCUCGAGGGAUUAUGCAGAGCGUCUCCGCGAUUUGGGUAUCCAGGAGGAUCCUAGAGGCGAAUACUUCCAGAAACACGAGGACCCUGCGGGCCUUGGCCCAUUGAUCCCGCAUGACCUACCAGGAGCAAUGGCAGUAAAACGUCUCGUGGAAGCGAAUGCGAAGAGUUACGAUUUAUAGUCAUACUAGCCAGUCAGUCAGUCAAUCAGUCAAUCAUUCAGUCAGUCAGUCAGUCAGUCAAUCAGUCAAUCAGUCAAUCAGUCAAUCAGUCAAUCAGUCAAUCAGUCAAUCAGUCAAUCAGUCAGUCAGUCAAUCAGUCAGUCAGUCAAUCAGUCAGUCUGACAAUCAGUCAGUCUGACAAUCAGUCAGUCUGACAAUCAGUCAGUCAGUCAAUCAGUCAGUCAGUCAAUCAGUCAAUCAGUCAAUCAGCCAAUAUAGAAUGAAGUAGAGGACGUGGCCGUUUUGUUGAUGUCAAAACUUGACUCGUUAGAAUUUUAAGUAGAAUAUUACAAGGAUUAUCCUUCUAGGAGGCGGGUGGACCAGGUUCACGUUUUUGUCAUCCACUCCUUUGAAAUUUUACCCGAUCUAGAUCGAUCUGGGUAUAAUAUCAUCAUCAAGUAUAGAAGCCGCAGAGGCUUGGUUGAAAAACUCUAACACCCAGUUCAAGCUGAUCUUCUUGAAGGUGGCAAGGGAAAAGGUGCAGGAGAAGGAGCGAAAGCAAACUCUCCAGGAAAGAAGUCUCCAGGGAAGGGUCCGGCACAAGAGAGAUUGCUACCACCUGAAUAGAAAAGAAGAACACGAUGCGGUGGAUAAGACAGGUUGAGACCACGAAAUCCACGUAGAUUUUUUUUCAGCUGAAUCAAGGACUUCUUGCGCAUUUCUGUUUUUAUAUCAACAACAGGAGGACCUCUCACUGUGAUGAUCAUGAAGAAGUCUGUUGAACAACAUAGAUGCCACUUGUGUAGUCCAUUGUGAUCUCCUCUUUGCUACUACGAGGACCUUCGCCAAAAAUGCUCCCAUCUUGAAUCGCUUCACUCUACUUUCAAACGUUGUCAAAAGUGAGCUUCUUUUCGCAACGUAUAUCAAUCUGUUUUCAAGACCCACGCAUCAAUCUCAAUAAUUCCGGCUCAUCCGCUGUUGGACCACCAUGAAAUCAAUUAAAUGAAAUGUACUAGCGGCGCUCGCUGCGUGGAAGGUGUGUUCAAACAAGCUGCGUGGACGUGCAUUAUUUGGAAGUGCAGAAGUAGAAUACUUCUGCAACAAGGAAGCGAAAAUCAGUGUCUUCGUGUCUUCAGUCACGACUCAUCAUGGCACACGCCUAGUCACACCGGACACCCUGAGGCAUCAUAAAUGCUCACUACUGAGCUGCCAAGGUGCUAUCGAUUACGACUAGGUGCUUUUUCUGUGGUGGAAAACGGUGAAAGUACAAGUCGGUCGAAUACUCUGACGGUCACCGUUAUUAGUGAAACAAAAAA